CAUCACAGAUGGAAUAUAUUCCUUAUGUUUCCCUCAUCUACCUAUCUACAAAUACAGCUGAUGCUCAUACCAAACAAAUGCAUUGAAGCACUUGACAUCAAGGAUUCAACACAUUCUAGCUCUAAGGGUUCAUUUUCUAGCUGACGAGAUGGCUAAUUUCCACAUGCGAUCAAACAGUUUUCCUUCACAAUCUCACCCUGUAGUGGAGUCUGUUGAGGAUCAACUAUGCAGGUUGAAGUCCUCAGAGGCAGCAACGACAUCAGCCUCUAAUGUAUGUGCAAACUUGGAUGGCCUUAGAGCCUUACAUGAAGGCAUCAGUAACCUUAUUCAGCUGUCUUCAAUCCAACAAGCUCUCUCCCAUGGGCAAUUCAUAAAUGAGAUGCUCGAGGGAUCUCUCAGGAUUGUGGAUCUGUGUGAAUUUUCGAGAGACAUUGUACGGUUGACCAAGGAAUCUGUUCAAGAUCUCGAAUCCUCAAUCAGGAGGAAUAAAGGCGAGACAGCCUCGGCAAUUGACGUUAACUCUUACGUCGAUUCCAGGAACAAGAUCAAGAAGAUGAUCAACAAGUAUGCCAAGAAUUUGAAGAGCUCCAACAAGAACUCUAAGGAAUCCACAAGCGAAGAUCGUGAUCUGACAGAAAUCAGGACAGUGCUUAAGGAAGCAGAGGUCCACACUCUUGCAACACUAAAAUCUGUAUUGACACUCAUGUCUGGGGAGAAGGAAAUAUCAAGCCAGAGAAGCUGGUCAUUGAUCUCAAAGUUCACAAAGGCAAGCCGUGUGCAUUCAGAGGUUGAGCCCGAAAGCAGCAUCAAGGAUCUGUGUUCAUUGAACAUUUCCAAGUCACAAAAGGGCAUGGACAUGCAAAACAUGUUGAAGCAGCUGAGAGCAUCUGAAAUGACAAUCCAGGAACUUGAAGAAGGACUGGAGACCUUGUUCAGGAGUUUAGUCAAAACUAGAGUUUCACUUCUUAACAUUCUUAGCCACUAGCCUCUUGGCUUGUGAAGACUCUGAGAUACUUCUUU